ACGGGUAUACCAGUCAUUCAUAUAUUUAAAGUUAUUGUAGUUAAACUAUUGUGAACAGUCUUUAUUACAGAGGGAUAAUAAUUUUUAAAAAAUCAAUCUUAAAGUUGCAAAAUGACAGACGACCACAAGACUGCUAAUGUUGAUGCAGCAGAUGAUGCCAACGGUAAAAAGCGGGAAAUAAUCUUGGUCACUGGGAUGUUUAUCAUUCUCGCUGUAACCAUAGGAAUCGUUGUUUGGCAAACAGAGAAGAUACAGUCUGCCGGGAACAAGCAAGAAACACCAUCAAAUUACAUCAAACAAGUAACCUGGCCUAAAUAUUUGGACAACUUGUUGCUAUAUAAAGAUAUGACUUUUCAUAUUCAAAACGGAACCAAAUCUAUUCUGGAUGGAAAACUGAAUUGGCAGUCUGUAGAAUCAAAAUUGAGCGAUUGUUCCGGACAAGGCGGAAAUGACGUUUGUUUAGAAUGGACGAGUGAAACCAAGCUUCAGAUUAAGUCUUCGAAACAAACGAUACCCAGCCUGAAUACUGAAAUUUUAUGCCAUGAAUUUGAGAGACAGGCACUGAAAUGCACCAAUCAAGAACUCACAGACUGUUUUAACGUGUCGUCUGCUCAUUGGUAUGGCGGGUAUGCGGAUAAAAUUCAAAACUGGCCUUUCCAGAAAAAUUCAAGGAAAUUGUCUGCUUACUUAGUCAAUGAUUCUUAUGUCGGCGAAAUUGGAGGUGUUGUUGAAAGAUACUUCUUUUCAUCGUCGGGUGUCGGUAUUUUUAUUGAUCACAAUGUCCCUUUGUACUUCAGCCUUAAUCAGCCAGAUGAAGGAUUAAUGUGUUUUACUGCAAAAUAUGAAAAAUACCCGUAUUUCAACAAUGGUUCGACGUUUCCUGUACUGAAGUAUAAGGUCUGCCAAGGAGAAAAUAUUCUAGACAUUCAUAAGAAAAUGUCUGCCAUGUUUAUUGAAAAGCCAUCAGGAAUCCCAGACGAAAAACUCUUCAAGUAUCCCAUCUGGUCAACAUGGGCACAGUAUCACAAAGAUGUGAACCAGUCCACCGUGCUUGAAUUCGCUUCAAAUAUUUUAAAAUACGAUUUCACGCAUGCGCAAUUAGAGAUUGAUGAUGACUGGACUCCGGCUUAUGGUGACAUGAAUUUCAACACACAGAAGUUUCCAAAUGCAACACAAAUGGUAAGGGAAUUAAAUGACCUAGGGUUCAGAGUGACAGUAUGGGUACACCCAUUCUUCAACGUAGAUUCUACUUCAUUUACGUAUGCAGGUGUACAUUCCAUGUUGGUACGCCAGUUCGAGAGCUUGGGUCCAGCAAUGACACCCUGGUGGGAUGGAAACCUUGCUGGAAUACUUGACGUGUCGAACAGAUCUGCUGUCGAGUGGUUCUUAAAUAAACUUUAUUAUCUCAAACAAACUUACAAUAUCAGCUCCUUUAAGUUCGAUGCUGGUGAGACAUCUUGGUUGCCACACAUAUAUAGUAAUGCUGAAAUGACUUUGAAUCCUGUGGAAAUGUAUCCAAUUAAAUGGGUUGAGCUGGCAGCCGAGGCUGAUAACACAUUUCAUCAAGAGGUUCGAGUUGGUUACAGAACACAAAAGUACCCAAUCUUUGUACGCAUGAUGGAUAAAAUGUCUAACUGGGGCCAUGACAAUGCAUUUAAAACCAUAAUUCCAUGCGUUUUUACUUACGGGCUACUUGGAUAUCCGUUUGUACUUCCGGACAUGAUUGGCGGAAAUGCAUACAACAAUCGACCUGAUCCAGAACUUUAUAUUCGUUGGUUACAACUCAACACGUUUCUACCCAGCAUGCAGUAUUCCAUUGUCCCGUGGAUGUACAAUGAAACUAUAAUAAAUAUCACGCAGAAAUUCACUAAAAUGCAUGAACUGCAUUCUGACACAUUUAUAAAGUAUGCAAAAAUUGCAAAAGAAACCGGAGCACCAAUUAUUCGCCCACUAUGGUGGAUAGCACCACAAGAUGAAGUCGCUUUGACGUGUGAAGAUGAAUUUCUUGUCGGGGAUGAUUACUUGGUUGCACCGGUAAUGGAAGCGGGUGCAAGAUCACGUGACAUUUACUUUCCAAUUGGGCGUUGGCGCAAUCAGUUUCAUAAUACAAGUGAUAUAAUUGAAGGCCCUAAAUGGAUAUUCAACAUCUCUGUUGACCUAGACAAACUUGCCUUUUAUAAAAGAGAAACUGUCUAAGCUGUGUAAACAACUUACUAAAGGAUUUUUAACUUGUAUCUGGUUCUUGCGAAUUAUACUCAAAACAUUCAUAAAUACACUUGUUUUUCAAGUU